AACUUUACCUAGAACGAGAAAAAUCUAACGGUAUGUCAAUGGUAAGUUCGCAAAGAGAAUCCAAGUGUUUACCAAUGUUUACCUUACCUCAAAAAUCUAUAACUUUUGCCAACUUCGUGCGUUUAUAUCUUCGACGACCUGCUUCAAUUAGUGUUAGUCUGGUGGCACAAUGAUGCUCUGUGUCGACGUUGCCGUUGGUAAGGUAAAGAGCGACGAGGGAGAGUCAUAUGACGUAUUUUCCUGUCAAACGGAUACCUAGACAAAAAAUUUGGGCGCGACAUUCAAGGAAAUCCGGAUCAGAGACAAAUAGGUUUUUGGUUUCGAAAUUACUGUUUCAAUGGCAGGGUUAUUCCAAGCACUUAAAAAAAAUAUAAGGCAUUCUGAUACAAAGAGGAACAAAAGAAAAAUUGUUAAAUGGAUGCAGAAAUGGGGCAUACUGAAGAGGAGGAUGAAGUGUGCAAAAUGUAAUCAAAGCAUGCAUUUGGUGAAAUGCAAUCGCAACGAUGGGUUGCGGUGGUAAGUUAAGCAUGUCUAUAAUUUACGUUAGCUUGCUAGAUUUACAGGUAGCCUACUUAUUGUAAUCAAAAGUAUAACGUAAUCAAAAGUAUAAUAAUAAUAAUUAUUAUUUAUUUUUUACUAAUGCUGCCUACUUGUGUAACUCAAAAUGCUAGUUGAUUAUGGAGCCUGAAAGUCUGAAAUUGGCAUUAUGCUAGGCCUACUGUAUAAUGUGGACAGUAACGACACGACCGUAUGUUCUAGAAAAUAUAUUUGAUCUUUGUAUAUUUGAUAUUUAACAUAAUUGAACCUUCUUUUCCCUCAGGGUCUGUAAGCGUCACAAAAGUUAUCCACUGUCUGUGCGCAAUGGCUCAAUAUUCACCAAGUCUCACACCCCUUUGGCGAAAUGGCUUGAGUUCAUGCUCAGGUUUGCACAAGGUUUGCAGUUGAAGCAGCUUGACAUGAUCUCUGAGGGGAUAGCAGCAAGCUCCAAGACACUGACAAGAAUGACUAAAGUACUCAGAAAGGUGUGUGUUGCUGCCCUCAAGCGAAUGAAAAAGAGAGGAAUGAGAAUUGGUGGUCGUCAUCGAUUUGUUGUCAUCGACGAGAGCAAAUUUGCCCACAAACGAAAGUACCAUCGUGGCCGAUGUGGCAACACUUGGCGCCGUGAACGCCAGUGGGUCUUCGGGAUGCUGGAGGUUGAUGGUCCUUCCAGAAGACCCAUUCUGAGACUCGUCAGGGACCGCUCAAGGCAAACCCUUACAGGCCACAUCCGACGACACAUCAGGCCCAGAACACCCAUCCUCACAGAUGAAUGGCAUGCCUAUAAGGGGCAGCUUUCCCAGUACGGAUUUAGCCAAUAUUCUGUCUGCCAUAAAAGGAACUUUGUUGACCCUGACACAGGUGCUCACACUCAGCAUAUUGAGCGUGCGUGGCAGAAAUACAAACUGGAAAUAUGGCGUCAUAGAGGUAAUCGCACUCCGGAGUCACUGAAGAUUCACCUUAAAAUGAUAGAGUGGCACCACUGGUUAGGGACACACCAUCAUAAUGGUGUCUUGGGCAGACUUUUCCAUGACGUGAAAAAACAAGUCGGGUAAGCGUAGGCCUAGAGGUUCUGUUUGAGUUGUUGGGUUUGGUUUUAGUUUGCUUAAAUUUGGUAAUUAUGUUUGCCAGCCAUUCUGGCAUGGCCCACAUUCUAUUAUUUUUUUAUCGGUAAUGUAGCUUCAGCAUACCUGAAGCCAGCAUGUAUGUUUAAAUGUAUAUUGAUUUCUGGACAUCUUUGAGACCCUGCUCGCUGGAGACAAAAAAAGUGAGAAGAUCUCUGCGUUUGCAGAGCGCUGCAGGAGGGCUGUAACAAGAGAUGGCUGAAAUGAUCACAACAAAAAAGAAAAGUGGAAAACUGCUUCCAAUAAUGUACAAGUACACUUAAAAACCUUUGAUAGAACAUGGUCCUCCUGUUUUUGUGUGCUUUUUUGUUGUUAGGGUUAAUGAAUACAUGUAAAAGUGUCUGCUAAAUGAUAAGUGUUGUUAAAAAAUAUUACGUACAAAAAGUAAGUUAGGACAAUAUUGGAACCCUGUUUGAGGAAAGCAGGUUAGUUUGCUUAAAUUUGUUACCGGUACAAUCUAUUUGUUCUGGUCCUUUUAUAUUGUGCAAAAAGUUUAUUGCAUUAAAGGAAAUCUCUUGUAUUU